GUGGCAUCCAUUCUACUUUCAUUGUAGUACAGUUCCAUGAGCAUUUCCUCAGCAGAAUUUAGGAAUAAAAUAACGAUACAGAAAGUAUAAGAAAUUUAGUAUUUUCAAGUUAUUACAUUUAUUAAGUUAAAUGGCUACUCUCGAGGAUAAAUCUAUUUGGGAAGAUGGAGAGGAGUUUUUUCUGGCAGAUGUGUCAAGAAUGUCUGUUGAUGAAAUUGUGUCUCGUACACGUUUGUUAGACAAUGAAAUAAAAAUUAUGAAGAGCGAGGUCAUGCGCAUUUCUCAUGAACUGCAAGCACAAAAUGACAAGAUCAAAGAAAAUACUGAAAAAAUAAAAGUAAAUAAGACAUUACCUUACCUGGUAUCCAAUGUCAUAGAGUUAUUGGAUGUAGAUCCCCAGGAUAUGGGAGAAGAGGAUGGCGCAGUUGUGGACUUGGAUGCACAACGGAAAGGGAAAUGUGCAGUUAUUAAAACCUCUACAAGACAGACAUAUUUUCUUCCUGUAAUAGGUUUGGUUGAUGCUGAAGCUUUAAGACCAGGUGAUUUGGUAGGUGUUAACAAGGACAGUUAUUUAGUCCUGGAAACAUUACCAGCUGAAUAUGAUGCAAGAGUCAAAGCUAUGGAGGUGGAUGAAAGGCCAACAGAACAAUACUCUGACAUUGGUGGCUUAGAUAAACAAAUUCAGGAACUGAUAGAAGCUGUCGUCUUACCUAUGACACAUAAAGCAAAAUUCGAGACUCUUGGUAUUCAACCCCCCAAAGGUGUACUUUUGUAUGGACCACCAGGAACUGGGAAGACUUUGUUAGCCAGAGCUUGUGCUGCUCAGACAAAAUCAACUUUUCUUAAGCUAGCUGGUCCACAAUUGGUCCAAAUGUUUAUUGGAGAUGGCGCAAAGUUAGUAAGAGAUGCAUUCUCACUCGCAAAAGAAAAAGCACCAGCAAUUAUUUUUAUUGAUGAGUUAGAUGCAAUUGGUACAAAGAGAUUUGAUUCUGAAAAAGCUGGUGAUAGAGAAGUACAACGUACUAUGUUAGAGUUGUUGAAUCAACUAGAUGGAUUCAGUUCAAAUACAGAUAUUAAAGUGAUAGCAGCUACAAAUAGAGUAGAUAUCUUAGAUCCAGCUUUGUUGAGAUCCGGUCGUUUGGACAGAAAGAUAGAAUUCCCACAUCCUAAUGAAGAAGCCAGGGCACGUAUAAUGCAGAUUCAUUCCAGAAAAAUGAACAUGUCUCCAGAUGUGAAUUUCGAAGAAUUAUCACGAUCUACCGAUGAUUUUAAUGGUGCUCAAUGCAAAGCUGUUUGCGUAGAAGCGGGUAUGAUAGCAUUGAGACGUAACGCAACCGCAGUUACACAUGAAGAUUUAAUGGAAGCCAUCAAUGAAGUUCAGGCAAAGAAGAAAGCUAAUCUCAAUUAUUAUGCUUAAUAUAAUUAUGAUAUAAUAAUUAUAUAUAACUUAUUUAAUGAGAUACUUUCUGUAAUGAAUAAAUACAGAGAUUAUAAAAUGGCAAAAAUUUCAUAUACAUAUAAAAUGACUGUAUGAUGUUUGUAAAGUAAUUAGGAUAAUAUAAAUAUAUUAAAUCGUAUAAAAAGUAAA